CUUCCUCCAUGAUCCAAUCCGAUCCAAUCGAAGAGGCCACGUGUUUUCUUUCUCGCGUUAACAUGCGCGCUCGCGAUGGCCUAAAUUUGGUGCUGCAGGCAACUGGACCACGUGCGUAACGACUAGGGAAAACGUGUAGUUUUACUUGUACAGCAGCAUCAUGCCGACUGGUAACCGAAGGUUCUCAAAAGCACCUGCUGCGAAAACCCGAGGUGUGAGAAAGGGUCAGAGUAGCAGUUGCAAUCCAACGCACAACAGAUUUCGUUUAGAAGCGAAGAGCCUAAGCUUUGGUGGCAGCAACGUCAGCAAAGGUCCUGGGUUGACACUCCAGCAGUUGCGGCAACAUGAUGGAGCCACAACAGCUCUUAAAGAUGAGGAAACCCUCAGUAUCGGGGGACACAGCUGUGCCAGCACGUACGAUACAAUAUGGUCAACGUGCUCAAAUAUGUCUAUGAAAAGGUUUCUAACAAAGUGGAACCCGUCGUCUGCGUUGCACAAGGAAAUGCUGGCCGUGUUUGGGGCUACAACGGACGUAAUCCGGCAGAAUAAUGGAAAAGAGACAGAGACAGAAUACCUUGGAGUGCUGAUGACAACCUUGGAAGCUGCAGAUACAGACAUCUCGCGAGCGGCUGUGGCGUCGCUACUGGCAAUGAUUGUCAUGAGGGUGCCACCUGCAGUCCUGAAAAAGAAGUUUUCUUCCGUGUCCAUGGUGUGCAUAAACCUCCUUGAAGCCUACAUGGAUUCAGAGCAGGUGGCUUUCCUCCGUGGGUUGAUUAGUCUACUCACAGCUACCCUAAAAGUGCAAGAACUGGCCGUGUGGAACGAGUCCUCGACGCUGCAGGUUUUCAGCGCGUUGUUUCCGUUUGUCACGCACCCAAAGCCAAAGGUACGAAAGUUUGCUCAAAGAGGAAUUUGCAAGGUCCUCCAAGGCAGCUCUAUCAUGCUGCAGCAGAAAGCACCGUCUGUACAUCCUGCAGCUGCCAGAUUGGCACAGUUCUGUGUGCGAAACUUAGAAGGGACAUCGGUCACAGCAGUGCCCACAUCAACUCUUCACCUUUUGGGUGUCCUGCGUGCUGUGCUGCCCAUGUUUUCUCAAGCUCAUGUAAAGGCAACUUGCGAGGCCAUUUUGCACGUCAUGACUGCUGGCCACCCCAUGGUGGUCCGUUGUAGUAUCAUGGCCAUUCACAGCUUGUUUUUGGCAAAACCGGCUGUCAGCAGCCUCAGCCCCGAGCUCAAUGCACAGCUUCUAAACGCGUUGUACGACUAUCAGCCAAGUAUAAACGAUGCAAAGACAAUACUGGUCUGGCUCCAGAUGAUGCUGGAGGGCCUGAUGAAUUUACAUCGGAUCUCCGCAAACUUGUGCCUCACCAACCUGCCCAAGUUCCUUGGCGUCUCAGUCAACUGUUGGCUCACUGAAAAGACGGAACUUCACGUGCACAUUUCUGGCGUGAUCACGACACUUUUACAAAGCUGCGUCCGUCCCCUGGUGGAAGCACUCGGUGCUGUCAAGUUUGACGAUAGCCACAGUGGGGUGUUACCCUUCCACAAGAUGAUUGGUCACCUUGACCGAGCUCUUCAGUACCAGUUCCACGCUGCCUGGGCUCACACUGUACAUACGUGGGCAGUUGCUUUCGAUGUCCUGGGCGGCAAGUUUCCCAUGCAGACGAAACGGUCACUACAGCUGCUGGCGGAUCUGCGCGAUACCAACAAGUUCUUGAGCACAUACCUUCUGGACAAGGCCAUAGGUUCGGCGGUGAAAGCAAUGGGACCCCGCAUUGUGCUCGAAGCCGUGCCUCUAAAAAUCACCGGACACAAUGAUGACCCAGACUUUCCGAGAAGCUGGUUGUUACCCCUCAUGCGAGACAGCAUCCGGGGCACGGAACUGGCAUUCUUUGUUGACUACUUCCUCCCGUUGGCCAAUACCCUGCAUCACAACGUUGUCGAGGAAAAAGAACGAAAUGCCCCUCUUUCGAAGACGUACCAACUCCUAGAACUACAAAUUUGGGCAUUACUUCCUGGAUUCUGUACAGCCGCUACCGACAUAGUUGCAUCCUUCAGCAAACUGGCCAAAACCCUGGGGGAAGCUCUGAACAACAGACCCGACCUGCGGCUCGAAGUGAUGUCGGCACUUCGGUUGCUGAUUAACACUGCAUCGAACAAAGAAGCAGAUUUGGCUGAAGUGGGUCGUUUUGCCAAAAACUUCCUGCCCAUCUUUUUCAACUUGUACACUCAAGAAACUAACGGGUCUCACGAAGAAGGCGCCCGACUCGCGGUGUACGACACCAUCAAGGUUUAUAUCGGGACUGCAGACAGAAAGCUGUGCAGCGCUCUGUUCCUCAAGGCAACGGAGAAGUUAUCCGCAAAGGCUUCCAGCAGACAUGCGAUCCUGGACUUGGCCCGUGCACUUCUCUGCAAAAUGGACACGGGGGAUAUCCAAGCGCUGUUCGACAUUGCAAAAGCAAACAUCCAGAGUGACGACCGAACGUUGCAAAAAAAAUCGUACCGGGUUCUAGAAGAGAUCUGCCACGCCAGCGCAGAUACAGGGCAAACAUUCUUGGAAUCACACAUCCCGCAGCUUCAGAACCUCCUGCUCGACAACUUGAGGCUCACCUCGCCUUCAUCACGCGCGCCAAGACUGCGCUGCCUGUGCCUGCUCAUGGCUAGCCUCAACCAAAGCAAUAAACCUUUUGCACUGGCUGUACUCCGUGAGGCGGUGCUCUGUGUGCGCGUCAACUCUGCAAAAGUCCGACAGGCUGCCUACCUGGUAGUGCUCGAGGUAGGACGAGCUCUUUCCCGUUGGAGUACCACACCCGAGGCGGGCAUACAGGAGCUAGUGGAGCAGCUGGCAGCAGGAUUUGCCGGAAGCGCUUAUGCCAUCAGCUGCACAGUCCUGGCACUGUCAGCGGUGCUUUAUGAGUUCAAAGGUCAGUACGCUGGAGACAUGCUGAACCACAUAGUGGACGCUGUGGGCCUCUUGAUGGCAUCACCCAGUAGGGAAGUUAUCCAGGCUAGCCUCUAUUUUGUGCGCAUGCUGCUUGUGCUCCUCAAAGAGGAAGAGCUUGCUCUUCACCUUGAGAAGCUGGUCACGUGGCUCUGCAACCUCACCGAAGAUUGCAGAAAGCAUUUUCGCGUUAAGCUGCGAAACGUGUUCACUAAGCUCAUUCGGCGCUUUGGCUAUGAAAACAUUGCGGGGAUGGUGCCGGAAUCGCACCGAAAGCAAAUCUCCAACAUCAGAAAAAUAGAGGCCCGCAGAAAAAAACUGAGGCAACAGGAUGAAAACGAGGAAGAGGUGUGGACGAGAGAGGAAGAACCUAUCAUAGCCGGGCCUGGUGCCAAAGGUAUCGACGAACUGCUGCAAGAAAGUAGUGAUGAAGAACUCCCAGAAGAUGACCAAGUCGUAAAGCGAAAAAAAGGGCGUCGUGCAUCCAAGAAAGUCCCAUCCGCAUGGAUCGAGGAACAAGGAGACACCGAGAUCGUAGACUUCCUCGAUCCUUCAGCAGGAAAGAAAAUAACAUAUUCAACAAAUCCCAAAGAAGAAAGGAAGGCAGAAGAAGAACCAGCAUUCAAGAUGUCCAAGGAUGGCAAAAUUAUCAUCGGUGACCCAGAGGAGACAUCUUUCCAGCAUAAACAAGCCUCUGUUCCUGAGGCAGCCGAGCUCCUUGAGGUCUUCUCAGGAUACAAAGCGAAAGGAAAAAGGAAACGAGACGAAGACCAAGGCGAAAAUGUACCUGAUUCUAAAGCUGCAGAGAACCCACCAACCAAGAGACCAAAGACACCAAAAAUGGCUUUCGGAGCUGAAGGAUACAGGGCAAAGAAAGCAAGCGGCGACAUUCGCAAAAGAGGGAAGCUGGAACCUUUUGCAUAUGUGCCAUUGAACAGGAAGGCUUUGAACAAAAGGACAAAGGGCAAGCCGCAGACAGCGUUUAAGAAUUUAAUAAGGGCUGCCCAGAGGGGUUCCAGGGCAGGGCGGAAGAAAAACGUGAAGACCAAGCACUAGAGUAAAAUAUUUCAAAUAAAUUAUAUGUUCAGGCAGUG